AUGGCAGGAAAUGACACGCUGGUGACCAAUUUCAUUCUGAUGGGGUUCCAGCUUCGGGCGGAGCUGCAAAUGGGUCUCUUCUUUGUUUUUCUAGUCAUUUAUCUCUUCACCAUGGGAGGGAACAUGGGCAUGAUCGUGCUGAUUCAAAGUGACACGCGGCUCCAGACUCCUAUGUACUUCUUCCUCAGCCACCUCUCUUUCUUGGACAUCUGCUACUCUUCUGUCAUUGUCCCUCAGUUACUUGAGUCCUUGCGGACAGAUAAAAUGGUCAUCACUUAUGAACGCUGUGCCACCCAGUUCUUCUUUUUUACACUCUAUGCGAGUACUGAGUGUUUUCUUUUAGCUGUCAUGGCCUAUGACCGUUAUGUGGCGGUAUGUAACCCCCUACUCUAUGCUACUGCCAUGACUCCACAGACACGCAUGUGUCUUGUGGCUGGGGCAUACGGAGGCGCCAUGUUCAAUUCUGUGAUCCGCACUGGGUGUACCUUCUCUAUUUCUUUCUGUAAAUCCAACCAUGUGGACUUUUUCUUUUGUGACCUUCCACCCCUGCUGAAGCUUGCCUGCAGUGAGACCAAACCCCGAGAACAAGUGAUUUACCUGUUGGCCUUUUUGGUUAUUACAAUCAGCAUUUCAGUGAUUCUUAUAUCUUAUUUGUUUAUCAUUCGGGCUAUUUUGAAGAUUCGUACAGCAGGUGGCAAGGCCAAAACAUUCUCCACUUGUGCUUCUCAUAUGACUGCCGUAGCUAUUUUCUUUGGGACACUCAUAUUCAUGUACCUGAAAGGUAACAUGGGCUCAUCGCUUCAGGAGGACAAGAUUGUGUCAGUAUUUUACACUGUGAUUAUCCCUAUGCUGAACCCAAUAAUCUACAGUCUGAGAAACAAGGAGGUGAAGGAGGCUUUGAAGAAAGCUUUCAACAGGAUGAGGGUCUCCCAUGGAGAGUAA